AUGGCACGCUCGGAUGCAGCGGCUACCGCCGCGUUGCAGGCCGGUGUUGCGCCUCAGAUCGAGCGUGAUCAUACGAUUCUACGAGAAAUCCUCGAUGCACCUCCGAAGCCUACAGCGUCAGGCACACCAACGGGCUUGUUCCAGAUUGAUCAUCUACGUGAGCCACAGGAUUUCCUGCGCCUUGCAGAGCGAACAUUGAUCCGGUGCCAGUUGCUCGUGGAGCGAAUUGCUCGUGUCGCUUCACCCGACGCGGAGAUGGCGGAAGUCGUUCGUGUAGUCCAAAAUCUGGACCGGCUGAGUGAUAUGCUCUGUGGUGUCAUCGAUAUGGCCGAGCUGGUACGCCAUGCACACCCUGAGCCUGUAUGGUCCGAAGCAGCCAAUGGUGCCUACGAGUAUCUUUGCAACUACAUGAAUGUGCUCAAUACGCAUACUGGACUUUACGAGGCCCUGCGCCGUGCUAUGAAAGACGAGAGUGUAUGGCGACAGCUUUCGGAAGAAGCACAAGCUGUGGCGCUCAUCUUCCUGCGUGAUUUUGAAAAGUCUGGCAUUCACCUCCCGCCGCAAGAACGCGAUCGCUUUGUGCAGCUAAGCGAUGAAAUCAUGGUGUUGGGCCACACAUUCCUGCAAAACAUGUCACAUGGUACCGAUGAGGCGCCUACGCAGUUUCCCAUGGAGCUUUUGGAAGGCCUGGAUACCUCUGUACUUAAAACGCAUUCCCAAGGCUUUUUCCACCGUGCGUCCUCUCUUACAGUGGUGCCUGGCAGUUGGGAAUUGCACUACAUUAGCAAGCAUGCUCCUGAUGUGCGUGCGCGUCGCUUAGCGUAUGAAAUUUCAUACACGGGGCGCACUACGCCUAUUGAAGUCCUGGAACGAUUGCUGCGUACCCGUUACGAGUUGGCGAAGCUCACGGGCAAGCGUAGUUUUGCCGAUAUGGCGCUGGUCGACAAGAUGGCUGGCUCACCUGAACAUGCCGAAGGGUUCCUUCGUUUGGUGGCAGACGCACAGCGGCCUGCUGCUGAGCGUAUGGUGGGAGAACUGUCGAAGUUGAAGCAGCAGGCAGAAGGUACGGCUCCGUUGGAGGUAUGGGAUCGUGAGUACUAUGCCGACCAGUAUCUGCAGCUCCAUCGGCCUGUGCGCCCUAUGCCUCUAUCGCCCUACUUGUCGCUGGGCUCGGUAUUUACUGGUCUCUCUCGCUUGUUUUACCUGCUGUAUGGCAUCCAUUUCCGCGCUGCUGAGCCGCAGCCAGGCGAAGUGUGGCGAUCUGACGUGGUCAAACUCGAUGUGGUCGAUGAGACGGAAGGCGGUGUGAUCGGUACAAUUUACUGCGACCUGUUUUCACGUCCCGGCAAGCCGCCUAGCGCGGCACAUUACACGGUGCGCUGCUCCCGCCGCAUUGAUUGGGAUGAUACUCAGCGCGACGUGACGCUCGGUGCUCGUCCCGAUUUCCCACGAGAUGUGGACAUGUCACACUUGCUAGGCGUGCAGGGGACCACGGGCCGUGGUCGUGAAGGCCAGUUCCAGCUCCCGAUUGUCGUAUUGAUGACAGACUUUGCUGCGCCGACGAUGGGUCAUGAUGGCGCAAGUCUCUUGCGCUGGCACGAUGUUGAGACGCUCUUCCAUGAGAUGGGGCAUGCAAUUCACUCCAUGAUUGGACGUACAGAAUAUCACAAUGUCUCAGGUACACGUUGUGCGACGGACUUUGUGGAGCUGCCGUCGAUUCUGAUGGAGCACUUUGUGUCGGAUCCCCGCAUUGUGCAGUUGACAGCUCACCAUUACAAGAGCGGCGCUGCCUUGCCGUACCAGCACUUGCAGGCACACCUGGAGACACAGCGACAUCUUGACGCGUUGGAUGCGCAUCAGCAAAUUAUGCUAGCGACGAUGGAUCAACGCUACCACUCUGCGCGAGCUGGCGACCCUUCGUUCUCUACCUCGUUGGAGUUGGAGCUGCUGCAGCGUCAAAUGGGUCUGUUCCCGCCUGUGCCUAACUCGACAUGGCAAGGCCAGUUUGGUCACUUAUUUGGCUACGGUGCUACGUACUACAGCUACCUAUUCGACCGCGCCAUUGCGGCUCGUGUAUGGCAGAAAGUCUUUUCAGCAGAGCCACUGUCGCGCGAAGCUGGUGAGCAGUUCAAACAAGUCCUACGCCGUGGUGGCGGCAAGGAUCCAUGGACGAUGCUUUCACGCCUUCUAAACGACGAGCAGAUCGCACCAGGUGAUGCUCAGGCCAUGGAAACCAUUGGUCGGUGGGGCUUGGGCGAAGAGGCUGAGUAA